AUGCACUAUAAAUAUUCGUAACAUUAAUGUUGCUUGGUGUGCCUUAGCUGAAGCUGACAGAGAAUAGUCUGAGCUUAAAAUUUCGAGAAAAAUAACGUAAACUUGACGUUAACAUGGACAGAUUUCCUUUUGUUAGAGAUAAUGGCGUCGUCAGAUUGCCUCCUGGUUUCCGCUUCCAGCCAACUGAUGAAGAGCUUCUCUUCCAAUAUCUAAAAUGUAAGAUUUUUUCCAGCUCCUUGCCCGCUCCAAUCAUUCCAGAGAUUAAUAUCUACAAGUACGAUCCCUGGGAUUUGCCAGGUAACUUGGAGCAGGAAAGGUACUUUUUCAGCAACAAGGAAACAAAGUAUCCAAAUGGAAGCCGAAUCAAUCGAGCCACUGCUUCUGGUUAUUGGAAAGCAACAGGCGUAGAUAAACAAAUCGUAUCUUCGAGCAGGAAUAAUCAAAUGAUGGGAAUGAAAAAAACUCUGGUAUUCUACAGAGGGAAAUCUCCGAACGAAUCCAAAACUGACUGGAUAAUGCAUGAAUAUCGCCUUGUUAGUGCAGGAACUUCACCUUCAAAUUUCUCCUCAGCCCAGAAUUAUUCAAACCAAAUGGAAAAUUGGGUCAUUUGUCGCGUAUUUAUGAAGAAAAAAAGCACGAAAGACGGCAAUGUACAAACUCGUAACAGCAUGGUGGCUCGUCAGCCUCAACUCCACGACUUUAUGAUGAGAGACAAGAGAAGUUCAGGGCCUGCCAUCUCUUCCGCAUCGUCGUCUUCAAGCUCUGGAGGCAUGAGUGAGGUCUCUUCGAAUGGGUCAACCAUAUGAUUGGGAAGGAAGUAGUAGCCGCAAUGUUUUUCUAAACCUUGUGUGCUGUACUGAUAAAGAGUUACAAAACUUUUUCUCUUUAAUGGUUUUAAUGUCUUGUCUCCCCUACGUCCAUUGGAAAGGAAAUGAACACAUGCGAAGAAAUUUUAAUGUGAAUGAUCAGACGGUUGAAUUAAAUCUCUGUAAUUAAUCAUUUAGAUAUUGUUAUUUCUGCUUCCAGUGUUAUGCUAAUUUAAUUUGAUCAAGGCAAAA